AUAACAGGUCUUGGAUUUUGAAGAGUAAUCCAUUCGUCCGUUUGGCUAAACAGCGUUUUGGCACUUUGGCUGAUGUCAGUUCGCGAUGUAAACCCUAAAUCCAAUUCCUAACCAUCAUUUGGGAAUCAUAAUUCUAAUUCCUAACACUGGUUUGUAAUCAUCAUUUAGUCCUAGUUAGGUGGACAUUCUGAAGGUCACUUUGGAGUCGCCCAAAGGUCGUCAAUAAAUUACAGGGUCAAGGAAAAUCCGAAAAAUUGAAGAAUUUGUUGUAAGAUAUAUUGUCUAAGUUUUCGACUUGUCAGGUUCUUUGAUAUACAUGGUAGUUCUACACACUUGUCUUUGGCUUACAACGUUUAAACCUGCAAGGCAAAACGUUAUAGAACAUAUGUCACUUUAGUUGGAAAAUGCAUGGAUAUUUAUCUACUGCUACCCGAAGCAGUGGUGUCCGCACCUUCAAUUGACUCUUUCAAGAGAAGACUGGGCACUCACAAAAGCAUACUAGAAAAGGAAUAACAUGGGCCGUAGGCCUUCUGUCCUUACUACACAAAUCUGAAUCUGAGCUCCUACGGAACUAAAGUAGUCGUCGGGCUUAGUUUUGAAAGAUGGUAUAAGUCCCCAUUACUAUCACGUCCAAAAGUGGUUCAGUAGCUUACUGAUUAAAACCACGAGAAAGUAUGCACAAAGUUUUGCGGGAACGUCCGUGUUCUAUCACAUUGAUGUUCUUGUUUGCGUAGUUUUGCACUAAAAUGUAUGUUACUUUAGUGAAGAGGAUUAUGAAGACUACGAUUCAUCCUGAUGAUAUUCUCCUAAUAUUUAUGCACCGCACAGGGCGAAAAUUCAAAGCCUUCAAGGGACUGAGCAGGAUUUAUUAUUUUAGUGUGAGUCAUUGUGUGUUGCUCUGUUUUACAUGUUUCAAGAGAGCUACAUACUUCUUAAGAGACAUAAUACAGUUUUUCCCCAGGUAAGGUUUUGAGUAAACAUUGAAAGCAGUUUUGAAUAAUUCUGGAGUCAACCAGUUCAAGUUUUCGAAAGAAACCUCAGGACAGUAUACUUUAUUGUGCCCAGGACAGUAAUAGAAAAAGAUACUUAGGGUAUUACAUUAAGUAAUAUGCAGAUCGGUUGUUGUGCUUAUGAAGGUAAUACUUAAAUCACCCAGAAACUACGACCUGCAUGCACCACUGUUAUUCACCAUUAGCAUCCUGCGUUUUCAGUUAUUGAGAGUAGCUUUCUGGUGACCCAGUCGUAUAACCAACUGUUUGUAAAAAUUUGAGUUGUCAGAAGUAUCUCAUCCACUUCUCAGUCAGUCAGUUCAUUUUUAAAUCCCAAGACCAUCUGGUAUAGCAGAAUCUCGGAAUCUGGAUUACAAAGUAGGUCGUUAAUGGAUAGUACGAAAAAGAGAAUUCCAAAGACCGAGUCUUGUGGUACUCCCAUUGUUUCUGUCAACCGCUCAGACAAAGCAGAAUGAACUCUAACGCGUUUCGAUCCCUCUUUUAUGUAGUAUAAAAGCCACUUCUCUAGAUAAACCAAUAUAAUUAAUAUAGUUUUCCCCCCUAUAUUCUUAAGUUACUGAGUUGUCGCAAUACUUCUGUCAUUUUUUUUCCGUACUAUUUCCUUACACUCACUGUUUUACUUCGUUUCCCACUAUCUAUCAGUAUGAGAGAAAAUCUCCACAUAAAUUCAGUUAUUUGAUGAACACGCCUACAAACUCGAUCAAUCUGACUUCAUUGUUGCAUAAUGUCUUCUUUUCAAUAUGAUGAAUUCAACUACAAGCUGAUCGCUUUGACUGGCGUGAAAACUGCUAGGCAAAAUACAAAACGAGAAAACCCUCAAUUCAGUCUAUCUCCCAUGCUUUCAACUGAAUCUUCACUAUAUGAAAGGUUGUAGUUGUAAUGAAUAAGAGUACACGAAACCGACCUUUACUUGCCUUUUGCCAUUGUUCACCUCUUAGCCGUUGCCCAUAUUCCAGGUCUGUUUGUGUAUCGUCAACAGGAUGUUUUCAUUCAUUGCAUUUGGAUUUAUCACUAACAUAUGUGGAUGAUGAGUCGUAUGGGUGUUUUUCAAAUAAUACGAAUCAGGUUGACUUACUCUGCCGAAAUUCAAAAGUUGGUAGACAAUUAUUAUAUUGUUGUUCUCCAGAUGAUGGGGAUUUUUGCAAUCGGAACUCGAGUUUGCUAGAAUUAAUCAGUCCUAUCCGAAUGAAUGCUCAUGCAUUUACAUGGAAAUCUAUUUUGACAGCAGUGUUGUUCCCUACCUUUGCACUGUUUUGUGGGCUUCUAGCGAUCAUGCUUUUUUGGAAGUGCUUUUUAAAAAAACGAAUAGAAAACUACGAUCGCUAUGUCAAUGAACUUAGCUACAAACGUCCCAGCUUCACUACAGAUGUCUACAAUUAUCUAGUAAAACUCAAUGAAGAACAGUUUUCGAAUCAUACCAUUCUACGACAUGGUCCCUCCUGAUCCAACCUUCUCACAGAUGAGGGAUAUUGUUUGUGGCAAUAGUUUGACCAUAAGUGAUCAAACAAACCAAUUGAACAGGAAUAACUCAAGUAUAAACACUAAAUCCCCCAAGACAAGUCCAGAUUACGACAAUGUUCAUUGUAGGCCUCGCAUCUACCAGCGUUGGUUAGAUGACACCUAUCUAUCCUGCUAUGCACAGGUGAUACAAGAAUGUUGGCAUGAUGAUUGGUCUGUACGCCUUUCUGCUCUUCGUGUUCGUAAACGUCUGGGACAGAUCGAAGAUGCAGUUAGGCAAUCAUUGGUCAGAAAAAGAGGAGAGAACAUUCCUUCUAAUGUAAAUGAGUUAUCAGUACUCCUGACCGAGGACCCAGAAACUUUGGCUUGAUUUUCACAUUUUCUGAUAUAUCGAAGCUUAUCUUUGAAAUUUGCAUUUAAUUUUAGUGUUGUAACUUCCUAAAUAUUUUCACUUAAUAGGUAAUUUAAUAAUUCAAA